CUUCUCGUCAUUUGUUGAACAAGCAGGAGAGAGCAGCGCGCGCCUCGUUAUUAUCUUGUUCACACAACUAAUAUGCGGGGCUGUUUCUGGCGUAUAGUAGUAGUACUGUUUGCGCUACGACCUCCUGUACCUGCGUCUGGCUACCUGACUCCAGAUAACGUGCAAGCCGUACUGCAGUGCUUCUACGAUGAUUUCACAUCGCAGUUUCUCCAGCGCUUUUUCCGGGAUGUGGGAAACCAGGUGCGCUCGGAUAUCAUAUGUGAAAGCGACCCCGGCUGAUAAGAUUCAAGUUGGGAAAUCUGCUAGACAAAUCAACAUGCUUUGCUUGUUCUUGAGCAUGACAAAUUUGGGCUCGAAAUGCAGUCGUCUUUAGUGCUAGUGAAGCAGCGUUUCCGAUCUAGCGCAUGAUGGUGCUGAUUCGAGCAUAACAGAACUUACUAGAAAGUGCUUCUCCUGGGUUUCUCUCCGCAUAAGAAACCUUCUCUAGCAUGACGAUUUGCAUAAAUGCAACUCUGGGGUGGGGGCGUUUUCACGCAUGAUAUCGCCAACGCACCGGGCCGCCGAUGUGCUCUCGAUGUUCGAAGACGUGGUGGUACAUGAGAUGCGUUGGACCCGGGUCCUGCAGCUGUUCCUGCGUGACCGGGACAUGCUACUGGACCAGGAAAUUCAACGGAUGGAAGCGCACCUCCUACGAGAAGAUAGUACUUCUACCGAGGUCGGUGAAGAUGUUCAUCUUGAGGCCUAUCCCUGGCCGUCCUUCCUGCACUCUGUGAACGAGGUCGCGGGUGCGCACCACCUGACAGCCGCAGCCUUCUGCCGCGCACUGGACAUUUGCGCAAGUCCUGACGCCGUGCAGCGCCUCGCGGGAGGGUCCACCGAAAACAAGGGGUCUUUUUUGCACGUUCUCAGUGCGAGGGAGCAGGAUGACCCGCACUGGCUGCGGCACCGGAGGACAAGGAAGCAAGGUGCGUCAACGGUGUUGCCGACAGAAGAUAUUGCUGCACCAGCAUCAACUCAAGCGUCGGUGCUGCUCUGGCUCCACGCCCGGGGCCUGGGGCCGAAGCAUCACAUCUGGGUGCAGUUGCGCGAGCUGCUGUUACUUGGCCGUUUCCUAGACGGCAUGGGACCAGAGGUGCGCGACCGCUUCCGGGGGG